AUGUCUGUGCUCGAUUCCAAGAUUCCAGUCGCCGUCUACUUAUACAGACAAGACGCAGCUCUGUCCCACGAUCACUCGCGCCGGGCAACCUCAUCACCCGCCUCUGCGAAACGACGAUCCGUCUCGAGAAUGACCGGCCUACUACCGCUUGCCUUGCCCAAUUCACGCUCUAAUACUCCCAGCCCUGUGCCUGACGAGGGUGCCGACGACAAUAUGGACGGCUGCUUCCCGGAGAUGUUGGCCAGAGACCUGGAGAUGUCGAGUGCAGUUUUCGCAGCCAAGAACAUGACUGCCGGUUCACCAUCAAUGGCCAUCUUUUACCAGGAGAAACAAGACAGCAAGGCACCCUGCCCAGGCCGAAUUCUUACAUCCCCAUAUCAGUCCGGAUCAGUACGAAUACAAAAUCUCGGCUCGAUCGAAGAACGACAAUCGAUGGUGUCCUUUAUCGAACAACGUGGCUAUGGCUCCGAGGAGACUGGUUCAGAUGUUGAGUCUCUGCCUGCCUCUGAGUCUUCUGGAGGCAUGGAGGUUCCUUCAAUUCGACUACGCGAGCAGUCUAUCGUUACAGCGGCUACAUCCCUUACAUCAGCCAGUGGAAGCGCUCCAUCACCCAAGGAUCUACUCUCACUGGACCGAGCGCAUGAGUACAGCUGGAUUGAUAUUGAUUCGGACGACGACGAUGACGAAGACGAGAUUGAGGUGCAUGAAGAGCCUACCGUUGAGGAUCAAUCAGUUGCCCUAUCUCCACGACCACCAACACCCCCAAGCACAGAGACGACAUUUGACAUAACAGUUAUGAUGAAAGAUAUCGACCAACCACCAAGACAGCAACUACACCAGACUAGCCCUAGUGGCGACAGUCCGAAAUCCUGGCACCGACGCCAGAUUUCCAUCAAGUCCAUGGAAGUCCCAAUGAUACCCCCCAGGAGAGCCUCCUUGUCACAAGCCACAACCCCCCUGGAUACCACUUAUAGACCCAAGACGCCCUGCUUCGAUUCGCGGAUAAGCACCGAGAGUCACCGACAACAACAGUCACCAUACUUUACCCAGCGUUUCCGCGACGAGACUGACAACACCAUCCUUCUCAAGUCAGACUUUGGCUCCAUUGAACUGGAGAUUGAGGAAGACAGCUAUAUGGACGAUUACACCCCCGACUACCCUCCGGCACUGUCUCGACCAGACACUAUUUACAUCCAAGAAACGCCACCCCCAUCUCCACUACCUACAGUCGAGUCGUGGCUGGAUGGCUCAAACCCACCUUGCCUACCCCAAAUACCAGUGGACGAUCUAGCAAAGGCCGUUCCAUUGCCGCCAGAUAUUAUCGAGACGCUAAGAGUGUCGAUCGCCUGCUUCCCAGAGACGAUGCUCCUCUCGUCUAGUCUCACUAUCGAGACGAUCCGGACAUACUCCAAAAAGGUACGGCACCCUUCAACAGACAUCUGGAACGAAUCCCCGGUCGACCCGGCAGCCCCGGGACCCCGGAGGUCUAUUUGGAAAAAGGUUGUCUCGCAUGGCCGCGAGUCGAUCGGCACCAGGCGCCACCGGUUACACAUGUACGAAGAUGGCGCUCACCAAGACGCUGUGGCGUCUCCGGCUCCCUGGGCAUCGCUGAGACACGUCUUUGGCGGAUGCUCGGAUUACAUAUGCGACGCCCUGUAUGCCCACAUUGUCGCCUACAACUACGUGUCGCGCGUUCCUCGAAACCAGCCCGCCUCGCAACGCGCGUCGACGUCCUACUCGAAACCCCAGAGCGAAGACAUCCCCAAGAAGGCGGCUACACUACUCGGGCUGAGUACGCCACAGACGCAUCUGACACCCAAUGUUGGGCGCUUUGCAAAGAAGUUUAGCACGCCGCUCACGGCCAUGGGCUUUGGCAAGGAUGAGGUUCCCUCGACUACGGCGCAGGAUAAUGCCACGCGGAACAUCGAGUCCGGUUUGCUGCGGUGUAUCUCGCGCCUGGUUGCAACAGCCAAGAUGAUGGCUGAGGAGGGUAGUGGAGAGGACAGGUUGGUGGAUGUUGAACCACAAGAGGUUGACAUGAUCUUUGUGAGGAGCCUCUGCGAGAUUGUGAGGAUUUCUGAGGAGGCAACUUAG